AUGGUCAACGACUUUUGCCUUAUACUUAUCAUCCUAUUGAUGCCCCCUCUUGGUAUAUUUCUAAUCGAUGGCUGUGGUGUCGAUUUCUGGAUCAAUGUAUGCUUAACACUCCUUGGUUAUAUUCCCGGUCACAUUCAUGGUUUCUAUGUUCUCCUGAAAAGUAGAGAGAGACGCCAGUUUGAGCAGACAAACACUUACAUUGCCAUUCCUCCUCCUAACUACGGUGUUGCUCCUCCACCCUACAAAUAA